GGAUUUUACGGAAUGAGUUUGGUGGAUUCUGUAUCUCCGGCUGACGAAGUAUCUGCUGAAUAUGUUAAAGAAACCUGACAACAGAUGGCUGGUAUAUAGAUGGACUCAUUAUAAUUAAGGUGAAAACAGUUGAUAUUUACAACCGGUGAUCUAGAGUAAAAAUAGAAAAUAAACAAUUCAAUCCCAGUGACGUAACCCAGUAAAAAUGUAAACAAACAAAAAGUCAAGAAUAUGUAAACAGAAGGAAGAACAUGUAUAGAGUACAAAUCGAGCUUUAAUUUCGACCUUAAAGAACCCAAUGUGUUUUAAUCUAACAACUAACAACACUAAUAUCAAGAAAAAUAAAAAUAAAAAUAAAAUGGAGGAUACGAAACUUAUCAGCUCAGCCUCAUUACAACCAAUCAAAGUCGGAAAUGGAAAAGCGACGAAGCGUCGUCGUUUGAAUGCAGUCCUCGACAAGUUGGCCUCCAACCUCCUUCCACAAGAGGACAAGGACGAGGAGAGGGAGGACAGAGAGGAGAGAGAGGACAAGGAGGAGGAUAAAGAUGAGGACAGGAGUAUAGAACUUGAAAUCCAAGUGCAAGCAUCAGCUUUGAAGUCGGAGACAAGUGAGAGUGAUGAAUCCGACUCGGAGAAAAGGAAACCUGGUUCUCCGACCCUCUCACAUUCGUCAAAUCUCUCAUCACCCGUCCUACCCUCCUCCACCCUCUCCUCACCCUUACAGUCCUCAUCAUCACCCUCUAAACCUUUCUUCUCACCCCUCAGGUUGAAGUGUGAAGACCAACUGAAAAGUCCGAAAAAAUCCUUGAAUUUCCCCGCUGUCCCCUCCGCCUCCUCCUCCCUCACCAUGGGGAAUAAACAGGACGAGAGCCCGACACCGGGGUCCCCCAUGAACCUUGUCUUGGAGAACUACGAGGCGUACAUCAAGUCUCAAAUCCUUAGUAAAAUGUACCUGCAGCAGUACGUGACUAAUAACAUAAAUCAAAUCAAACAUUCAGACAGUACAACGCCACAGACAAACAGUGAUUCUCUUCAGUCCAACCCCUUAGAUCUCUCAAAACGGCCGACGGCCGACGUAACGUUAAAUCCGUCCAUGCUGCCUGGCGGGUGUCCGAUAAAUCCACAAACUAAAUAUCAGGUGUCCGCUCUUCUCAUGGCACAUAGUUCAGAAAAUGGUCGCCUUGUCAUUGGGGAGAGUUCAGAAAAGCAUGAAACCUCCGACACUAGUGGUCCUCCUUUCAUCUGUACAAUAUGCGGCCAAAUAUUCUCCUUACUCGACAGGCUAACCAAGCACAUGGCAUCCCGUCAUAAAUCCCGCACAAACGUUGACCCGUCCAACAAGGCGUACUACUGUGAAGUCUGUAAACGGAGUUUUGCGCGCAGUGAUAUGUUGACGCGGCACAUGCGCUUACACACCGGGAUUAAACCGUACACGUGCAGAGUCUGUGGACAGGUAAAUAAUACAACUUUGUAGACCUGUACAACACAA